ACGAAAACAAAACGACAAGACGGAAAGCAAAAAAGUCGCGUAAAUGCGAAAAUAAUUCGGAAAAUUAGAUUCCCGGGAAUAUUAUUAUUGUUAAAAUGGCACUGCUGCUGGUGCACCUGCGACGCCUGAUUCUCCUGCUGACUGUGGUCUACCUGAGUGGAGCAGUGUUCCGGCGACUUCUCACCGAGAGACAUCACGCAUACGUCCUGCAGUCCAAUGGCUUCAUGGGCUUUGGACGCCUUCGUGGUGGUGGCGGAGGAUCCAAGGAGCCGUAUCACUUCCAAUGGUGGGCCUACAUCUACACCUGUUACGCCUACGUCGUGUUGGUUAACUACGUCAGCAUGCGCCGGCUAACCAACCUGAUCGAGUUCUUUUUGCAAUGACUGUGUACCCAUUUCGUUAGGGGAUUUUAAACUAUUAUUAAAUUUUUAGAUAAAGUUGAAGAUU